CCCCGCCCCCUCCCCGUAGCCCAGGGCUAAGAGCGUCAGAACAUGAGCAGGGGGCUGUUGAGAGGGCGGCGGGUCCGGCCCGGCCCUGUCCUGGCGGCCGCUGAGGAGUCUCCGGACGGUCUCGAGGCGGAGUUUCGUUGCUGGCUCUGCCGGGGUUAUUUCGAGGAGCCGGUGAUCAUCCACUGCGGGCACAACUUCUGCCGGGCCUGCAUCACGCGGUGCUGGGGGCGGUUCCGGGACCGCUUCCCCUGCCCGCAGUGCCAGGCGGCGUGUCCCGAGAUCCGGCUGCGGCCCAACCGGCAGCUGAGGAACGCGGCGGAUUUACUCAUCGAGCGGCGGCGUGUCCAGCUGCGGGGCAGGCGGGCACGGGACAGGCUGUGCGAGACGCACAGGGCGCGUUUGAACCUGUUUUGCAAAGAGGAUCACAGGCCGAUCUGCGUGAUUUGCAGAGUCUCCCAGGGUCACAGGUCUCACUGCGUGGUGCCCAUCGAGGAGGCAUCGCAGGGUUUCGAGGAACAAAUUCGGAGCCGUUUGGAGAGUUUGAAAAAAGAGAGAGACAAGAUUCUGUCGUAUAAAUCGAGGGGGGAAAAUACAAGCCAGAAACUACUGAAACAGCUCAAAACUGGGAGGCAAAAGAUUGUGGCUGAAUUUCAGCAACUGCGCCAGUUUCUGGAGGAACAAGAGCGACUCCUGCUGGCCCAGCUGGAAGAGCUGAAUAAGGAAAUUGAAAAGGGGAGGGCUGAGUAUGUUGCCAAACUAUCUGAGGAAUUAUCCUCUUUCAGUUCCCUGAUCAGUGAGAUGGAGCAGAAGUGCCAGCAGCCAGCGAGUGAAUUCCUGCAGGACAUCAAAGGCACCUUGAGCAGAUGCAGGAGGGAGAAGUUUCAGAACCCAGCAGCCUUUUUUUCUGAACUGAAAUGGAGACUCUGGGAAUCUUCUCAAAGAAAUGCAUCUCUGGAGACCAUAGUGAAGAAAUUCAAAGACUCACUGUCAUCUAGACAGCGGUUGGACAAAGCGAACGUGACCCUGGAUCCAGACACGGCCCAUCCCCAACUCAUCCUGUCUGCGGAUCGGAGAAGUGUGAGAGAGGGACACACACGGCAGGAUCUGCCCGACAACCCUGAGAGAUUUGACAAUGAGCCCUAUGUGCUGGGCUGCGAGGGAUUCACCUCUGGCCGACACUACUGGGAGGUGGAGGUGGAGAUGGAGGUGGAGGUGGAGUCGGGGGGACUCUGUGUUGUGGGGGUGGCCAGAGAGUCUGUGAGCAGGAAGGGACGGAUCCGCCUUACCCCUGAGCAGGGGAUCUGGGCUCUGCGGUGCUGGGAGGAUCAGUACCAGGCUCUCACGUCCCCUGUGCAGCGCAUCCCCUUGUCCCCGAGCUGGGCAGCCCGCAGGAUCUGGGUGCAUCUGGACUAUGAAGGGGGGCGGGUGGCGUUUUUCGAUGCUGGUCGGGGGGACCCAAUUGUCACUUUCCCGCCGGCCUCUUUCGCCGGGGAGAGAAUCCGCCCGUUCUUCCGGGUUAGGGCUCGUGUGCGGCUCCUCUAGCCCCCACUCCCUGAUCUCUAUGGCCUGGAGGACUCAGCCAGUCUCCCCCCAUGCAGACCGGGCUGAAGGGGGGUGACGCUGUACCCAUAGCUCUGUGGCGGUGGAGGUCUGUGUGGUGCUCUAGGAUCAAUCUCUAUGCUCCUGGGAGGCCGACUCUGUGUGGAGUGCGGGGGUGGGGUACCACCAAGGAAGGAGGGAGCCCCCCUGUGGGAUUGUUGGUGUCACUAGGCCUGAGUAAACCAAAGUUGUGACUUUGGGCCUGAAGUGAAUCAAAGUUCUUACAUGCUGUGAACUUUAACCAGUCUGCAUGCUAACAGCCUAGAAGCAGAAUUUGUAAGAGUCAGCUUUUUAGCAGACAGCUGCAGUUCCGCUUAAACUAGCAAUAGUAGUGAGAAGGCGGGAGAGAGGGGGAGAAAAGGCUUCAUGUGUCUGUGCUGUUCUGUGAAGGCCAGAGAUAAGCUUGUGGAUGAGAACCUUUUCUAACACACUGAAAUGUA